CAGCACGCCAUGACGGAGCUUUUAUGGGAUUUCACAAUUCUCCUCCCCUGAUAUGAGAUUCUUGUCUGAACUCGCAGAGCCUCCUCCAGCAGGAUCCGGGACGUCCUCCGCACUCCUGGGAGCUAGGAGCUCCAUGCUCUAAAGGGUCUGGCUCCUUAAAGGAGCUUCAGGAGGCAUCUUCUCCAGUCCUGAGGAGGACUCAGGUGAUAAGGAUAUGGCGGUAUAGCAGAUCUAUAAUAAUCCUGGCCUGCACAACUGGCACUCACAUCCGAUGGUCUUAGGGAAGACCCUCCCAUUUCAGACAAGAGGAGGAGCCAAGGAUUGAUGGGUGUGGUCACAUGGUGGGGAUGGAUCGGGGGUACCUGAUGUUCUUCUCAUGAUGGCUGUGUUCUCUCUGCAGGGAUUUCUGCUGCGGUGAUCUGUCCGGUAUCUAGAGAUAUCUAUAUGCAGAAAGAGCCUCCUGGCUGACGACAAUAUUCUGGAUUCACCAGUCAGGUACCUCCAUGACUGCGCCCUCUGGUGGUCAUCUCUCUGCUGUAGCCGGAGGACCCAAAUGGAAGAGUUCUUCUGGAUCACUGGUCAGCUGGGGGAUGGCGGUCAAUGUGUACUCCACGUCUGUGACCAGUGAAAACCUGAGUCGCCAUGAUAUGCUCUCCUGGGUCAAUGACUGCAUACAGCUCCACUACACCAAGAUAGAACAGCUGUGCUCAGGAGCAGCCUACUGUCAGUUCAUGGACAUGCUUUUCCCCGGAUGCAUCUUACUGAAAAGAGUAAAAUUCCAGGCGAAGCUGGAGCACGAAUUCAUCCACAACUUCAAGGUCUUGCAGGCCGCCUUUAAGAAGAUGGGCGUGGACAAGAUAAUUCCCGUAGAAAGAUUGGUGAAAGGGAAAUUCCAAGAUAAUUUUGAGUUUAUCCAGUGGUUCAAGAAAUUGUUUGAUGCCAAUUACGAUGGGAGGGAGUAUGACCCUAUUCUGGCAAGACAAGGGCAGGACAUUGCACCCGCACCAAACCCUGGAGACCAGGUCUUCAACAAACCCAAGAAGCCCAUUGUGACAUCAGUCCCACAAAGAACAUCUCCCACAGGUCCCAAGACCAUGCAGCCUCCAGCACGAUUACCAAGCAUGGCUCAUCCGGUCAGGAAAAACCCACCCAUCACCAGGAAUGGUGGCAGCGAGCUGGACUCACAAAUAAUGGAGCUGAACCAGCAGUUAAUGGAUCUGAAGUUGACUGUGGACGGACUGGAGAAAGAACGAGAUUUUUACUUCAGUAAACUGCGAGACAUCGAGCUGAUAUGUCAGGAGCACGAGAGUGAGAGCCCGGGGGUUCUUUCCAAAAUCAUCGACAUCCUGUAUGCCACAGAGGAAGGAUUUGCUCCUCCAGACGAGGAUGAGAAUGAAGAACUUCAGGCAGAGGACCAGGAUGAAUAUUAACCACGUCCCUUGCUUUUCCUCAUCCCCUUCGCUCAGUUGCUUUGUAAAAUAAUAUCGCUCCUCGCUGCCCGUUUCCCCAUUGGCCAUUUUUUUGCAAGAUGAACCUGUUAGGUUGGAGUCUCAACACACGCGCUCGUGAUCCAUCUUCCAUCCCUGCAAUUAAUAGCCAGAAUGGGCAAUUAUCCCGCGGGCCACCACCCUCCGAAAUGUGAACAGAGCAGCCGGGACAUGGGAGAGGAUGUCUUCUACGGCAUGGAUUUAUCUAUCAGGAGAUUGUUUUCAGCCCCCCUGUGGACAAACAUGUAGCUGACCCCAUAUGUCUCUGUCCCACCCUUUUUGGCCUGACACUUGGGCGCCCUCGCGCUAUUUGAUGGUCGUGUUUUUUACCUCUAGAUUUGUCUUCCUCUUACAUUUUAACUCCCUCUUUGCUUUUCUUUCUGGAGUGGUGUAUUUGAAAACAGGGCCGCCCGGUAUUUAUUUUUUCUUUUUAUAAUUUUUGGGAAAGUCAUGGAAGAUAUCGGAGAAAAACUUCGACCAGAUGUCGACAGUCAAAGACGACUGGGAACAAUGUCCUGCAUCUUCUACAAAUGUCCAGACUACAACUAUCCACAUAAGUGGUUAUUAGGCAACAUACUAUGGAAACGACUUAAAGGGAUUGUCCUUCGACAACUCCUUUUUUCUUUUAUAACCCUUCAGUCAGACGGGUCAUGGGUUUUAAUGUAACGUUGUCAGCUGGACGAGAACGUUUGCAGCUUGAUUCCAUCGUGAUCUCUUGAUGAGUGACAUCUGUUGUAUGUUUCCAAUUGACUUCUUGAUGGGUAGUUAUCAGUCAUAAUCACUAUGUGAGAAUCCGUACUUCACCUUCUCCCCUCACCGCCUGUGCAAUGUUUGGGACACCUGUACAUGACAACAUUUGUGCACUGAGACAACUGUGCAUAAGAAGAACUGUACAUUGCUACCCUCAUACAUGAGAACACCUACACCAAGACCCUCGUACAUGAGAACACCUACACCAGGACCCUGAUACAUGAGAACACCUACACUAGGACCCUCAUACAUGAGAACACCAACACUAGGACCCUGAUACAUGAGAACACCUACACCAGGACCCUCAUACAUAAGAACACCUACACCAGGACCCUCAUACAUGAGAACACCUACACCAGGACCCUCAUACAUGAGAACACCUACACCAGGACCCUCAUACAUGAGAACACCUACACCAGGACCCUCAUACAUGAGAACACCUACACCAGGACCCUCAUACAUGAGAACACCUACACCAGGACCCUCAUACAUGAGAACACCUACACCAGGACCCUCAUACAUGAGAACACCUACACCAGGACCCUCAUACAUGAGAACACCUACACCAGGACCCUCAUACAUGAGAACACCUACACCAGGACCCUCAUACAUGAGAACACCUACACCAGGACCCUCAUACAUGAGAACACCUACACCAGGACUCUCAUACAUGAGAACACCUACACCAGGACCCUCAUACAUGAGAACGCCUACACCAGGACCCUCAUACAUGAGAACACCUGUAUAACAGGACUCUCGUACAUGAGAACACCUACACCAGGACCCUCAUACAUGAGAACACCUACACCAGGACCCUCAUACAUGAGAACACCUACAACAGGACACUCGUACAUGAGAACACCUAUACAACAGGACACUCGUACAUGAGAACACCUAUACAACAGGACACUCGUACAUGAGAACACCUAUACAACAGGACACUCGUACAUGAGAACACCUAUACAACAGGACACUCGUACAUGAGAACACCUAUACAACAGGACACUCGUACAUGAGAACACCUAUACAACAGGACACUCGUACAUGAGAACACCUAUACAACAGGACACUCCAACCUGAGAACACCCAAACACUAAGACAUUUGUACAUGAUGAUUUCCCAGUGCACAGGUGUCCUCAUGUAAGGCAGCCUUUACAUAAAGAUGUCCUCAUGUGUGGGUGCCAUGGUGUACAUUUGUCCUCAUGUACAGGUGUCCUCUGCAUUCCCCAUGGUGAGAGAUUGUCCAAACUGAUUGAUGCUGCAAUGUUUAGUUUUCGGGGGCUCAGUUCUGUGGGACUCGAAAGAAAGGGGGAAAUUUUCUUUUAGAAACAUUAAUUUUAAAAGCCCUGGUAUUCUUAAUGAACAUGAGGACUAACUAAAACGUUAUAGUCCAAAAAGAUGUUUAACAUAAAUGGUCUUCCCACCAAUCGGGUACAAAAUACUUAUGUUCGUUUCUCUUAUAUGGGAUCACUGUAGGGUUGGAUAAAGGCCCAAUUAUGGUUCAGGUACAAAUGACUAAUAAUUGUCUCCUAUAAACGGGAUGUAUUUCUUCAUUCACAGAUAUAUUUCACAGCCUUUAGCAAGUGAAGGACCUUCCAUCUUUAUAUGAAAGCUUGUUGUUCCGUUGCUUAUAUGUGAACAGAAAUCCUAACGAUCCCGAUGAUAUUCGGUUCCGAUCAUUUUACAUGGGCCUUAAGGCUCCUCUUUCCAUGGUCUUUUGCAGAGACCAUGGAACCCCCCACAGAUAUGUCCUCCUCUGUUUUCUUAGUUUCACGUUGUCUUCUGCUUUGUCCUUCUCCUGGACUUGAAGCCUUUUGUGUCAUCUUAGUUUAAUUUCUGACUCCAGGUUUAUGGCUGUACAUUCAGUCGGUGCUCGGCGGCGUAUACUGCUUAGAUGUGUAUAAUUUUUCUUUUAAUAGAUUUUGAAUGCACUUUUUAUUGUCUUUUUCGAAAUCUCAGCAUAAGUGAGGUUUUUGUGAAAGCUCCAGCACGGCUUCCAUCUCGCAGACAUAUCUUGGUGACACAGCAUGGAUUAUGGCUGAAGAGCCGCAGGACGAUGCGCGUAGCGAUAAGCUCUUGGAAAGGCCGUUGGUGCUGAGCUCACAUCCAGUAAUCGCGUCAUGUUGUCUGUCCUCUGACCAUUAUCGUGUAUGAUUUGACGGCAGCGGACUGAUGAUGACAUCUAAUUGACUAAAUUUUAUUUUUGAAUUUUUUUCAUAUAUUUUCUGAAGGUUGUUGUUCCUUAGAUUUUUUUCUUCUGUUGAUGAAAUGAGAUUGGAAAUUAGUUAUUUAUUUUUUAUUCAAUUUACUCAGAUCAUACUUUUUUUUGCCUAUUAGGUUGUUACCAGUGCUCGUGUGACCUGGUUGGACCAAUGAACUGUUGGUAGGAGAUAAGGUCCUUUUAUUUGGCCCAAUUCCGGGCCAUAAUGAGCACCGAUUGAAGAGAAAACGACUCGAUCGGCACAGGCUGAUGGAAACUGCAUCGGGAAGAAGGAUCGUAGGCCACCCCCAUACUCUUGUACAUGGGGAGAGGUGCCAACGACUGUUGAACAUGAAGUGUUUGCUCCCGUGUCGACUGAUCGCUGGUCCCAAAGGACCCAUAGAAAAAGCAAAGAGAUCUUCAUUUCUGCCCGAAGGACGUGGAAUCAUAGGAGAAGGGAUGUAGCUUUAGUAGAAAGCCACAGAAGGUGAAUCUGUCAGUCUGAUGAGGCGCACGGAUGUUCAGUGGACCUGUAAUGAUGUUUCAGGUCCAGGGGAUGCAACAAAUUAAAGGGGUUGUCCAGCGGUAUUACAUUUUUAUAUAUGGCUCACUGUGGGUUAAAAAAAAAAAAAACAUACUAUUAUUCUCUGACCCCCUGCUAUUGCCGUACCAGCGCUGUUCCAGUCUCCACUGAUCUCCACUUUCCGGUCCUGGCUUAAAAUGCUGGGAAAGAUCCCGCUCAGCCGGUCACUGGUGGAGGUGGGUCACCAGUACAAUCGUCGACUGGCUGAGCGGAGGUCUCCUAGUCAAGCUGGGACCAAAGCAUGAGGGCGAGGAUGGCUUCCUUUUUUAAUUUUACCCCUCUGUGUGUCGUAUGUACAAACUUUAAUACCGCAUUACGACUGAAAAGCUCCAUAUGGAAGGGAAAGUUGUCUGACUUGCACCUUGCAUGUGUCCGCGUGGCGGCCAUGAAGAUCCUUGACAGCGCUUAGGCAUGAAACAGGGAAAGCAUUAGUGUCCAAAAAUCGCUCAUGCUGCUUACAAACUACGAGACAGCGAUUUUAUGUUACUGAAAACACUGAAUUUUUUCAAUUUAUGAAAUUUUAUGUUUUUCCCCACCUACACUGUCCAUGUUUUAACAUCUGUUCACUUUCGAUUGACAGAAAUAUCCACGUAAGUGCGCGUUCACAUAACCAUUUUGUUUUCCAUUCUUCUGAUCCGUCAGAAGAACAGAACAUUUUAUAAAAAUUGAAUUUAUUUUUUUCUUUUUUGAGCAUCUGUUAUGAUCCGUUUGCAUCUGUUUUCGUCAGUUCCGUUACUGAUCCGUUAUUUAAAACGUGUAAAAUAACGGAUCUCUGAUGGAAAUUAUGCAGACUGAUCAUAAGGGAGGCUCAAAAAGAGACGGAUCAGUUAUCUUUUGUGCAAACUGGGCAUAACGGA